CGCUCCUGCCGCCCGCGCCGCCACCAGCUCAGGUGGCCGCCCGCGUCCGCGUCUCUCGGUCUCAGAAUCCACAGAUCGCGAUCCACCCAGAACUGCAUCCCACGGAGGAGCAGGAGCCUGGGUAGGGAGACGCACCGCGGUUUGAAGCUCUGGACCCUGAGAUCGUGGGGACCGGACCGGGCCUGGGUGACCAGGGGCCACCGUCCCCGGGCCGCGCCUCUCUGUGGGUUGCAGCCUUUGCGCCCUUCCCGGGACUGUUCCCCAGGCCCUCUCGUUUGGAGAGCUGUGGCCGGGUAGCCACCCGCGGGGCAGAGAAGGACGCGCGGCCCCCAGCGCCUCUCCGACGAGCUCCUCUCGGAGCAUGUCCCCCGACGGCCCGCGUGGCGCGCUCUGAUCUCUCUGGACCCCGCGCUCCCGCAGCCAUGGGCGCUGGGGCAAGGCGGGGGGCCACGGCCGCACCGCUGCUGGUGGCGGUGGCCGCGUUGCUGGUGGGUGCAGCCGGCCACCUGUAUCCUGGAGAGGUGUGUCCCGGCAUGGAUAUUCGGAACAACCUCACCAGGCUGCAGGAACUGGAGAACUGCUCGGUCAUUGAGGGCCAUCUGCAGAUUCUCCUCAUGUUCAAAACGAGACCCGAAGAUUUCCGCGACCUCAGUUUCCCCAAGCUCAUCAUGAUCACUGACUAUCUGCUGCUCUUCCGGGUCUACGGGCUGGAAAGCCUGAAAGACCUCUUCCCUAACCUCACGGUCAUCCGUGGCUCCCGCCUCUUUUUCAACUACGCCCUAGUUAUCUUUGAGAUGGUGCACUUGAAGGAGCUGGGGCUCUACAACCUCAUGAAUAUCACCCGGGGCUCUGUCCGCAUCGAGAAGAAUAACGAGCUCUGCUACUUGGCCACCAUCGACUGGUCCCGGAUCCUGGAUUCUGUGGAAGACAACUACAUCGUUCUGAACAAAGAUGAUAAUGAGGAGUGCGGGGACGUCUGUCCUGGCACCGCGAAGGGCAAGACCAACUGCCCUGCCACCGUCAUCAACGGGCAGUUCGUGGAACGUUGCUGGACACAUAGCCAUUGUCAGAAAGUGUGCCCAACCAUCUGUAAAUCACAUGGCUGCACAGCGGAAGGCCUGUGCUGCCACACGGAAUGCCUGGGCAACUGUUCUGAGCCUGAUGACCCCACCAAGUGCGUGGCCUGUCGCAAUUUCUACUUGGAAGGUCGGUGUGUGGAGACCUGUCCGCCCCCCUUCUACCACUUCCAGGACUGGCGCUGUGUGAACUUCAGCUUUUGCCAAGACCUGCACUACAAAUGCAAGAACUCAAGGAAGCCAGGCUGCCACCAAUACGUCAUUCACAAUAACAAGUGCAUCCCUGAGUGUCCUUCUGGCUACACCAUGAACUCCAGCAACUUGAUGUGCACCCCGUGUCUGGGACCAUGUCCUAAGGUCUGUCAAAUCCUUGAAGGCGAGAAGACCAUCGAUUCAGUAACAUCUGCUCAGGAGCUUCGAGGCUGCACUGUGGUCAAUGGCAGCCUGAUCAUCAACAUUCGAGGGGGCAACAACUUGGCAGCUGAACUGGAGGCUAACCUUGGCCUCAUCGAAGAAAUUUCAGGGUUCCUAAAGAUCCGCCGAUCGUAUGCUCUGGUAUCACUUUCUUUCUUCCGAAAGCUACGUCUGAUUCGAGGAGAGACCUUGGAAAUUGGGAACUACUCUUUCUAUGCCUUGGACAACCAGAACCUGCGGCAGCUGUGGGACUGGAGCAAACACAAUCUCACCAUCACUCAGGGCAAGCUCUUCUUCCACUACAAUCCCAAGCUCUGCUUGUCUGAAAUUCACAAGAUGGAGGAAGUUUCCGGAACCAAGGGUCGCCAGGAGAGAAACGACAUUGCCCUGAAGACCAAUGGGGAUCAGGCAUCCUGUGAAAAUGAAUUGCUUAAAUUUUCUUUCAUUCGAACAUCUUUUGACAAGAUCUUGCUGAAAUGGGAGCCCUACUGGCCCCCCGACUUCCGGGACCUCUUGGGAUUCAUGCUUUUCUACAAAGAGGCCCCUUAUCAGAAUGUGACAGAGUUUGAUGGGCAGGAUGCAUGUGGUUCCAACAGCUGGACCGUGGUAGAUAUUGACCCACCCCAGAGGUCCAAUGAUCCCAAGUCCCAGAACCACCCUGGGUGGCUGAUGCGGGGCCUCAAGCCCUGGACCCAGUAUGCUAUCUUUGUCAAGACCUUGGUGACCUUCUCUGAUGAACGCCGGACCUAUGGGGCCAAGAGUGACAUCAUCUAUGUUCAGACAGAUGCCACCAAUCCUUCCGUUCCCCUGGAUCCCAUAUCAGUUUCUAAUUCCUCAUCCCAGAUUAUCUUGAAAUGGAAGCCCCCAUCAGACCCCAAUGGCAACAUCACUCACUAUUUGGUAUACUGGGAGAGGCAGGCGGAAGACAGUGAGCUUUUCGAGUUGGAUUAUUGUCUCAAAGGGCUGAAGCUCCCCUCAAGGACCUGGUCCCCACCUUUUGAGUCUGAUGACUCACAGAAGCACAAUCAGAGUGAGUACGAUGACGCAGCUGGUGAAUGCUGCUCGUGCCCAAAGACCGAUUCCCAGAUCCUGAAGGAGCUGGAGGAGUCCUCGUUUAGGAAGACCUUUGAGGAUUACCUGCACAAUGUGGUUUUUGUCCCCAGAAAAACCUCUUCAGGCACUGGUGCUGAGGACCCUAGGCCAUCCCGGAAACGCAGAUCCCUUGGAGAAGUGGGGAAUGUGACGGCUGCCAUGCCCACUCUCCCAGAUUUUCCUAACAUCUCUUCCACCAUCACACCUACGAGCCAGGAGGAGCACAGGCCCUUUGAAAAAGUGGUUAACAAGGAGUCCCUGGUUAUCUCUGGCCUUCGGCACUUCACUGGCUACCGUAUCGAGCUGCAGGCGUGUAACCAAGACUCCCCGGAAGAGAGGUGCAGUGUGGCUGCCUAUGUCAGUGCCCGGACCAUGCCUGAAGCUAAGGCAGAUGACAUUGUUGGCCCUGUGACCCAUGAAAUCUUUGAGAACAAUGUUGUACACUUGAUGUGGCAAGAGCCAAGGGAACCCAAUGGUUUGAUUGUGCUGUAUGAAGUAAGCUAUCGGCGGUAUGGUGAUGAGGAGCUACACAUGUGUGUUUCUCGGAAGCAUUUUGCCCUGGAACGGGGCUGCAGGCUGAGAGGGCUCUCCCCUGGAAACUACAGUGUUCGAAUCCGGGCCACCUCUCUGGCGGGCAAUGGCUCCUGGACAGAACCCACCUAUUUCUACGUGACAGAUUACUUAGAUGUCCCAUCAAAUAUUGCCAAAAUUAUCAUCGGCCCACUCAUCUUUGUGUUCCUCUUCAGUGUUGUGAUUGGAAGUAUUUAUCUAUUCCUGAGAAAGAGGCAGCCGGAUGGGCCAAUGGGACCACUGUAUGCGUCUUCAAACCCAGAGUACCUCAGUGCCAGUGAUGUGUUUCCAUGUUCUGUGUACGUACCGGAUGAGUGGGAAGUGCCUCGAGAGAAGAUCACCCUCCUCCGAGAGCUGGGGCAAGGCUCCUUCGGCAUGGUGUAUGAGGGCAAUGCCAAGGACAUCAUCAAGGGCGAGGCAGAGACCCGUGUGGCUGUGAAGACAGUCAAUGAGGCAGCCAGCCUCCGAGAAAGGAUCGAGUUCCUCAACGAGGCAUCCGUCAUGAAGGGCUUCACCUGUCACCAUGUGGUCCGCCUCCUUGGAGUGGUGUCCAAGGGCCAGCCGACACUGGUGGUGAUGGAGUUGAUGGCUCAUGGAGACCUGAAGAGCCACCUCCGUUCUCUGCGUCCAGAGUCUGAGAAUAACCCUGGCCGCCCUCCCCCUACCCUACAAGAGAUGAUUCAGAUGGCAGCAGAGAUUGCUGAUGGCAUGGCGUACUUGAAUGCCAAGAAGUUUGUGCACCGAGACCUGGCAGCUCGAAACUGCAUGGUUGCCCAUGAUUUCACUGUCAAAAUUGGAGACUUCGGAAUGACCAGAGACAUCUACGAGACAGAUUACUACCGGAAAGGGGGCAAAGGCCUGCUGCCUGUGCGGUGGAUGGCACCCGAGUCCCUGAAGGAUGGAGUCUUUACUGCUUCUUCUGACAUGUGGUCCUUUGGGGUGGUCCUUUGGGAAAUCACCAGCCUGGCGGAACAGCCUUAUCAAGGCCUGUCUAAUGAGCAGGUGUUGAAAUUUGUCAUGGAUGGAGGCUAUCUGGAUCCGCCGGAUAACUGUGCUGACAGACUCACCGACCUGAUGCGCAUGUGCUGGCAGUUCAACCCCAAGAUGCGGCCGACAUUCCUGGAGAUCGUCAGCCUCCUCAAGGAUGACCUACACCCCAGCUUUCCAGAAGUUUCCUUCUUCCACAGCGAGGAGAACAAGGCUCCUGAGAACGAAGAGCUGGAGAUGGAGUUUGAGGACAUGGAGAACGUUCCGUUGGAUCGGUCCUCUCGCUGUCAGAGGGAGGAGGCUGGGGGCCGGGAGGGAGGGUCCUCUCUCAGCAUCAAACGGAACUAUGAAGACCACAUCCCCUACACCCACAUGAACGGAGGCAAGAGGAAUGGACGCAUCCUCACUUUGCCUAGAUCAAAUCCUUCCUAACAGUGCCUGUUAGGGGAACAGGGUUCCUUUUUUAAAACUCUCCUCUAGUGUGACCGUCUCCAGGAAACUCAGGAUUAUCAGGACUCUACGCCGGUGUGAAACUGAGCUCAGAGAUCUUUCCUAUACAUUUCUGUUUGUCUUUUGACCUAAAACCACACUCGUGUGAUUGCCAACCCUGCUGGCCGUUGGAAGAUUUAACUGUGAACCUUUUUAAAGGGGUUGGACUUUGUACGGCUGCUGCCCCCGCAACUUUUUUUUUUCAUCCGUGGUUUUAAACCAGGAUUUUCUCUCUUUUUUUCCUCAUAGAUUGAAAGAAAGCACCUGCUUUUAACAACUUUUUUUUUCUUUUUUGGUGGUAUCUGAGCUCCAGUUGUCAAAGAUAAAACUUACUUGUGGAAUAAAUGUUUGAAAGAAAAUAAAAGAGAACGAAAGAAGAAAGGAAGAAAGAAGAGAAAAAAAUCCUGUUUUAGAAGAAUUUUAUCCGUGAGGCUUUGGGAAGGUUUCACUCAUCCAGGAGUAUUUUAUUUUAGUUUUUUUCUCAUUCACAAAAUCAGUUCCUCAAAUUGACCAAUAGCUGCUGCUUUCAUAUUUUAUUUUGGGAAAGGGUGUGUAGUCCUGAUGUGUGUGCACAUGUGCACACCUGUGCAUUAGUGCGUGCGUGUGUCCAGGUUACAGAUCAUGGGGGUGGGGUGGGGGUGUGUGUGCAUGUGUAAGAUAUUCACUCUAGACUGAUGCUUCCGGAAACUGGCUCAUGAAGUUUUUGCAGUUUGGAGUGGGUGUUCUCAUGCUGCCUCUCCUGUUCCCCCAUAUUUAUUGGGAGUCUGUGCCCUUGACAGAUUCUUCUCAGUCAUGCCAGAGUGUUGCUCAGGUGUCUUCUUUCCCUUCCCUUUGAUGAUAGUAUUCCAAACACAGAGGAAGGACUGUGUGGUCUAGAUUGAUCAUGGAUCUUUGGAAGACCAAACAAAGCUAGCAUGGGGACACACACACACACACACACACACACACACACAGACACACACAGAGAGAGAGAGAGAGAGAGAGGAGAGAGAGAGAAAUGAGAAGGACUCAUGACAGAAUUUUGAGAAUAUAUUUGUAACAUUUAAUGUUUAAGGAAUCUCUGGCAUGAGCCUUAUAAGUUAUUAUUUUCCUGGGGGUGGGGGAGGUAGUGGGAGCAUAUCUGCCUGUGUGGAGAGAUGGGGCAAAGCAUGAGUGGCCUCUGUGUUUGGUCUUGGAAGCUUAGGUUUUUCUGGGAAUUGUACCACAUUAGCUGCUAGCCCUUUUCAGUAUUGUGAGGUCAUGUGGAGUAUGUGGGCAACUAGAUUUUUGAUGGAUGGACUGGUUCUGGUAGCAAGGUCUACUGGAUGCUUCCUGCUUGGAUACACUGGUUACCAGGGACUGGGCUGGCCUUUGAGAACACCUAAGUUGAUCUUUGGGUUUUCCUGUGUGUACCUCACUUCUACAAUGUCUCUUCUCAGUUAUCAUACAAACAUAGAAUCAGAUCCCAAAGACCAAUGACCUGGAUGGACGUUGAGAACACUAAGCAAUAUAUAAGGAGAUGCCCUCAUGAAUACCUGUUGGUCUCCACCUUUGGGCAUCCGACUCCUCUCGAUACUAAACUCUCAUAAGCUACUCUUGGUGCCCAUGGACCUCGACUCAGGCCAGGCGUGGUACCUGAGUCUGUUUCUCAGGUGCUUCUGAAGUUUCAGUCCCUAAAAGACUAAAGUCUGACGGAGAAGCAUCAAAGACCUUUCCACCAGGAAGACUUCUGAAAGGGGUGUGAAUCCACAGUUUCUUCUCUUUGCAAAGAGAACCACAGCUGCUCAAGUUUUAAAAAAGGGAUGGGGGAGAUGUCUCUGUGUGUGUGUGUGUGUGUGUGUGUGUGUGUGUGUGUGUGUGAACUAUUAACUUGAGUUCAUCAAAAUCCUCCCCCACAGGUUUUCCCAACAUGCAUUGUCUCAUAAAUGUCUGAUAACUUCCUUCUCUUCCUCUUAAGAGUUGUGAGAUAAAGACCCAACAGCCACCUCCAAACCCUCUUAAUUCUUGGUUGAGAACACAAAUGCUGAUCAUAUAUGAUUUGAGAAACUACAGCAUGCAAAAGUAAUACUGGGGAGCUUGGUGAUUGGGUACCAGAAAGAAGCAAGAGUUACAGAAAUCAUUUUCACCCAAAUUAUUUUGUAAAUAGAAGAGAGUCUGUCAAAGACACAUGUAGAUCUAGAUAUUGUUGGUUUUUUCCCUUUUCAUAGUAAAUUUGUAGUGCUCUUAUAAUACACUAGCAGCAAUUUUCACAUUUUUCUAAUUCAACAAGGUUUUCGUAUAUUAAAGGGGAAAAGUAUUUAUUUUAAUAUAUAAAAAAAUCACUCGAAAAUCACUUUUGUAAAAAAAUGGUGUGCAUGUAAAUUUUUUUAUCAAGAAAAAAUAAAAACAGGUGAGUGUGGGUCAUGAUUUUUUUUUCUCAGCACAGUCUACCUCAGUGUCUUGUUAGGAUGUGGUUCAAUAACAGACAUCGUGGAGACUUUGGAAUUCUGACUGGGUUAUGCACUGAGUCGGGAGAUAUGUGCCAGGUGGUUUCUGACUGCCAGAGACUAGCAAGAAUUUUGAGGGAGGGAGUUGGGGAAGGAGAAAUCAUAGCCUUCAUGUAAGCAUAAAUUCUUUUUCUCUUUGCUGAUAGUACCCUCCUCAAGUUUAAUCUUCCUGUGAAAUAAAUCUUUCUGUCAAAAUCACGUUCCUCACACACAAACCAAGUUGUGGGUUAUGAUUUAUCCUAUGAGUGAGUCUUCUAAGUUCCUUUGGUGAGAGGUGGGUGUCCCAUUUACUGCUGAAGUAAAGGCACACUUUGGCUGUGAGCCAGUAUUCCCACCUAUCAUACUGAGUCCUCCAGAAAUGAGUACAAAGGUGCCUUGAGUUCUGUGAUCAUUAUUUUUUCUCACUCUAUUCAGGUGGAUGAUGCCUUGGGGUAGAGUGUGUUCAUGGGUACAAAUACACAAUGCCAUGUCUCCUUUCAUCCUCUGAGCAGGAAGAGGGCAUUUUGGGAAAUCCUAAACCCAACCCAUCAGUGUGCUGAACACAUCUUUAGCAACAAAAUAAAAUAGAAACCCUAUGUUAGGGUUUGGUUGACUUCAGGCUAACACUUGUGCAGUUUUGAGACCUCAUGUGGAAAUCAAGGCAGGGCCUGCAGAGCUCUUGUUGGUUUUACCAAGUCUCCAUUUUUUGUUUUAGUUUUGGAUACUCUCCUUGAAGACUUUUCCACCUUGCCUGGAGAGGUGUGUACCAAUGUAGCAUGACCCUAUCCAAAAAUGAUCUCGCCACUUUAAUUUUGACAUGUACUGUUGCUGGGAAAGAAACUGUUGGGUCAUAAAACUCAUUUUGGCUUCACAAGAUGGUAGUUUUGUGGGAAAGCUAAGAUUUUGGGUCCUAGAAAAUCAUAUCUGUCCUGAGAAUUUGUGGCAAUAAGUGAUAGGGGGAAAAAGCAACAAACCAGGUUAGAGCCACACUUCUGCUGUUUGCUUUGGAAGAUAUCUCAUUAUAAAACUUUUUUUUUUAUUACCAUGGUGAAAACCAUGCAGUUUUCUUCUGGUUUGAUGACAUACCAGGAAUUGUUCAUAUUCUCAGAGACAUUUUAGAUGUUUCCCUGUUGUUUGAAGCUAGGUGGAAGGGAAGAUCACAGGUGGAUCUCUCUAUAUAGGCCAAGCACAAUUCAGGAAAAUGUGGAGACUGACAGGAGGGUCUGUGUGUCCCGUCUUGUGACUGUGGAGUGUGAUGGUCCCUACAGACACACAAAUCUUCCACUUGAUCUCAGUAGGGCAGAUGGUCUGCUACACAACAUACUUAUUGACUAGGAGCUGUAAUUUUAUUUUGGGUCCAGUGGACAGUAUCACCAUGAGAGCCUGGCCCAUACCAGCCAUCCUGGUAAGCAAAUGAAUGUGGCAUCAUUCCAACAGUGGCCCUUCUUUUACUCAAUGGUAGGUGCACAUUUGUGGUUAGAUGUGUUUUGGAUACUACUUGGUGAAUUCUUGAGAAUAUAGGCUUUUCAAAACUUGUGGUUUUGUUGAACAUAGAAAAAGCAGAAUGCUGAUUUUGUAUGAAUCCCCUAGAAUAGUGUCAUUUCAGAAUGCCUUCCAAAAUGUUCCUUAGAAUAAUUUACACCAGAGGUGAGGUUGGGAAAUAGGAAAGCAGAUUAUCAAUUUGCUAUUUAGAGCGUACAAAAGAAUAUGAUGGUCUUUUAAGAGACUGUGGCUAAAGGCAUAUACAUCUGCAGGGAGUCCCCAGGAAUUGGAGAUAAGCAAUGAAUAUUUGAGCUCACUGUCACCUUCAAAUACCAGCCAAAGUCCAAAAUCAAUCUGUCAAAAUUUUAUCUGGAUGUGGGCCAGUAAAAAACAAACAAAAAAACUUAAAAACUGGACUGACCUGGAGCCCUUGGUCUCAUUUGAGCAGGAAAGAAGGAACAGCCCUCAAAUGCAUGUGUGUGUCCAUGCACGUGUCCAAGAAUGGCUUGUUGCUCCUUAUGUUUUGCAUCAAAGUUGCUCCCUGCCCCUUUGUGUGCCUGGGUGGCCCCGCCAUGCAUGUCAGGAGUGCAGGAUCAAAUGUGCCACAGCUCUGCAGAAAACUGAAACACAAAACCCACCAGACGCUCAAUGAUUAUUUUUUCAAUGUUUUCCUACAAGAGUCAAGUAGCAUCAUGUACAAAAUAUGUCUCUUUUUUUUUUUUUGAGGGGAGGGUUACGAACUGCAAUUGUUCUGCAUGUAAAAAAUGGGAUAAUUACUUGUUUAUAUUAAAAUUCUGAAUAAAUUAUCUGAGAUGA